GUAAUGUUUAAUUUAGAAGUAUUUAAUAAUUUCUAACAAAAUAUUCACUCUAGAAUUAUAUAAGUGAACAGAUAUUUACUUACUUUCGCAUUUUAACACUAGAAAUUACUUGGACUUUGGAUUUGAUAAUAAAUUGAUCUUUUCUUAGUUAGUAGUUCGCCGACCGUAGCGAAAACAGCGCGCAAAAUGAACGGAAUACCACGGCGGAUAUUUUGGCGCGAACUUAAAAGAAAUAAAUGGCAAAGGAAAUAUGCGACCAGUACAAAUGUGGGGACCGAUGAAUUUCUUGUUAAAUCUACGUUACCUGAUAUUGUUAUACCGAAAAUGAGUUUUAUUGAACGGCUGUGGCAAGAUCAGUCAAGUUUUCGAAAUCUAGUGGCUUUGGAAGAUGCGGAAACGAAGAAAACCUAUACCUACCAGCAACUACAGAAAUAUAUGGCGACAUUUGCUACGUCACUUAUAAAAAAAUUCGGUCUCAGACCUGGCGACGUCGUUGGUAUCAUGAUGCCCAAUUGUCCUGAAUUCCCAGUGGUGGCGUUUGGGACGAUCCAGGCGGGCUGCGUCGUUACAACUAUCAACCCUAUUUACAAAGAAUUUGAAAUCUCACACCAAGCAUCAAUAACGCAGCCGAAAAUCUUAGUGACCAUACAAGAUUGUUAUGAAUCUGUAGUUAAAGGUUUAAAAAGUGCAAAGGUUGACGCAAAAGUGAUCAUAGUCGAUAAACCUAAUCAAUCCGUGCCUAGUGGAGUAGUUAAAUAUUCAGAAAUUGCGGAAAACGGAGAAGCAGAUUACGCUAUGUUGGAAAAAAUUGUAAGGAAAGAAGACGAUAUUGCCUUUAUACCAUUCUCUAGUGGUACUACAGGACUACCGAAAGGAGUGGAGCUAAAUCAUAGAAAUAUACUAGCAGCUGUAGAGACUAUGCAAAGGAAGGAGAGUCGAUAUUCGGAAAUUGCAAAUAGUACAUUCCAGGACAUAGUGCCCUGCAUUCUACCAUUUUACCACAUCUAUGGUCUGAUCGUGGCGCUGACCGGCCAUCUGUGCACCGGAUGCAAGCUGAUCACCGUGUCGAAUUUUUCAGCUCGACUUUUCAUGAAUUUGUUGAAAGCCCAAGAAGUUAGUUUAUUAUAUAUUGUUCCACCACUUGCAAUACUCCUGGGCAAACAUCCUGAAGUGACAGGGGAACACUUUAGAAAUGUUAGAUACAUAUUAUGUGGCGCGGCGCCGCUCGCAGCCACCGAUGCUCAAGCUAUACUCGACAAAAGCAAUAACAGACUUCAGUUCAAGCAAGGCUAUGGUGCGACUGAGACAACAUCUAUAGCCACUACAACCUUUAAGAAUGUCGAUAAGGUAGACUACGACGCGUGCGGUACAGCGAUGGCGGGAGUUACUCUGAAGUUUGUAGACCCAGCGACUGGCAACCCUGUGCCUGUUGGCCAACCUGGCGAGAUAUACAUAAAGGCACCGGUAGUUAUGAAACGGUAUUACAAGAAUGAACAAGCCACCAAAGACAGUAUAACUGAAGACGGCUUCUUCAAAACUGGGGACUUUGGCCGGUACAAGCCUGAUGCAGGGCUCAUAAUCACUGACAGGAUAAAGGAACUUAUCAAAGUAAAGGGAUUGCAAGUAGCUCCUGCAGAGUUGGAGAGUCUGCUCCGUUCUCACCCCAAUGUAGCAGACGUGGCUGUUAUAGGCGUACCCCACGAUUUCUUCGGCGAAAUUCCAAAAGCCCUAGUCAUUCCACGAAGAGACACCAAACACAAAGUCACUCCUGAGGAAUUACAGGAAUUUGUGGCGAGUAAAGUAGCACCUUUUAAAAGGAUAGAAGAAGUCUUGUUCGUUAAAGAGAUACCAAAAACGAGUUCAGGCAAGAUAUUGAGGAGAGAGCUGAAGAAAUUGUAUUCAUAAUGUUGGUUUUUAGAUGCUUCUAUUGGCCCCCGAUAAACAUAGAAAUUUCAAACGAUUAAAAUCAAUUGUUAUUAUAAAUUUAUGACUACUUUUUUAGACAAUUUUUUAAUUUAAAAAAAAUGGUAAUUAAAAAAAAU